UUGACGAAACCCGUCGGUUAACCUAAGCUAUGUACUAAACCAUGUAACAGGCCAUAGUUACCCUAAUUUUAUGGGCUUUCAAAUUCAGCCCAUUAUCACGUUGACCUAUAAAAGCUUAACGCAUUAGGGUUUAUUCCUCCUCCUCAUAUAAUCAUCGCUUUGGCUGCAGAGAAGCACAAAAUCAUAAAACCCUAGCAAUGGCGAGCCAACCGGCGAAAGAGUCUGUUCAAUGCUUCGGAAGGAAGAAGACGGCCGUUGCCGUCACCCACUGCAAACGCGGCUCGGGUAUGAUUAAGCUCAACGGUUCGCCGAUCGAGCUUCAUCAGCCAGAGAUCCUCCGAUUCAAGAUCUUGGAGCCAAUCCUUCUCCUCGGGAAGCACCGUUUCGCUGGAGUUGACAUGAGGAUCCGAGUCGAAGGUGGUGGUAACACAUCUCAGGUCUACGCAAUCCGUCAGAGUAUCGCUAAGGCUCUCGUUGCUUACUACCAGAAGUACGUUGAUGAGCAGUCGAAGAAGGAGAUCAAGGACAUCUUGGUGAGGUACGAUAGGACUCUACUUGUUGCGGAUCCUAGGAGGUGCGAAUCGAAGAAGUUUGGUGGUAAAGGUGCUCGUUCUCGUUUCCAGAAGAGUUACCGUUAAAAAUCUGGUUUGGCUUUUUUUGUUUUAUCAACGUUUUGGGAUUGUGAUGUUGAAAUUGUGAGACUUUAGGUUCUCUUUUGCGUUUUAUUUUCAAUGGUUAUUGGAUAAUGUUUACUUCUUUAAAGAACUUAUGUUUCUACUA